AUGGCCAUCAAGUUUUACAAUGUCUUUGACCAUGCGAUUGUGCGGGAUCAGCUCGUAGCGAAUACGGUGCUGACGGCUGUCAGUACCGUCGCUUUGGCCCUGCGGUUCGUCUCGCGGCGGAUUCGGAACAGCCAUUUGUGGUGGGAUGAUGCAUUUUGUGUGAUUUCGAUGUUGCAUACCUAUGGCAUGCUGGCCAUGCAUUAUCAUUAUGCACGAGUUGGAAUGCGAUACCAUGUUGAUGAGAUUCCUCCUCAGAAUACGAUCCUGGUGUUCAAGAUGCUCAUCGUCUACCAAGUCAUUUACUAUAACGCCAUGGUCACAGCUAAGAUCUCGUAUCUUUUCUUCUACCUGCGUAUCUUCGUGACUCGGGGGUUUCGGAUAGCCGCUUGGGUCGUUAUGGGCUGUGCCGGUGCGUACUGGCUCGGGAGCAUGUUACAGAUCUUUCUCAUCUGUCAGCCAUUUGAAAAGAACUGGAAUCCGACAUUGCCGGGGCACUGCGCGAGUCAGAACGUGGCGUUCUCAACAAUCGGAGCCUUUAAUCUGAUUACCGAUUUCAUGGUCAUGGUUCUUCCGAUCCAUUUCAUUUACAAGUUGCAGAUGUCCACGGCGACUAAGGUUGCAUUGUAUGGUAUUUUCUGUCUGGGAUUGUUUAUCUCCGCUAUCACGAUUAUCCGGAUUCGCGUCCUCACCACGGUCGACUUCACGGAUCUUCCGUACUCGAUGAUCUGGGCCGCAUUCUGGAGUGUCACGGAACCCGCCCUCGCCAUCACCAACUCCUGCGUGCCCAUGAUGCGACCCGUCGUGAAAGCUGCCUUCCCGGGGUUCUUCUCGUCGGCAAAACCGACCUACACGUCACAGACAGGCCCGUCGGGAGGUUCAGGGAACGCAUUCAAACGGAUCACUGACCCGGAGGGCGAUGUUCCACUUACUCGGCUCGACGAAACGCCGUCGAAGGCAGGGAGUCGGCCGGAAUACGAACCCUCGUUGAACGACCGAUCGCAUGACGGCGCCAGUUCGGCGCAGCAUCUGCCAAGGAGUAUGAUCGGGUCAAGCACAAAUAAGGCGUGGGCUUGA